CACAGCAGCUUGGAUGGAAAACAACCGGCAAGUUUGAUACAAAACCUGAUCGGCGAUCACUGAUAUUCUGACAAUGCCCCCCUCACCCCAACCCCGGUAUCACAGCUCUGAUGUGCUUCAUAUGGCUGGUCGACAGGCUUCAUUUUUUACCGCGCUGUUUUUCAUUUCUCUCGUGUUCCGUGACAUUGCCAGUCAGCAAUGUCACGGAAUAUACUCGAUUUAUCAAAUGAUGCUUAGGGGCCAUACCUAUAAGACGUUCAAGACUACACCAGGCACUCUGGAAUGCAUAGAGGCUUGUCUCGCUGAUGACAGAUGUCAAAGCUUUAAUUUCAUGUUCCUUGCCAUAUGUGAGUUAAACAACCGGACUAAAGAGGCCAGACCAGAGGACUUUGUGAAGGACGAGAACAGAUAUUAUAUGGCAAAAGGUCUAAAACGAGAAUGUGGGCCUGUUGGUGUGGCAGACAGAAAUGCAAUCUCAGAUGCCAGAAUAACAGCAAGCACAGUCUAUGAUACAAGAUUUUAUCCGUACUAUGGCCGACUCCAUGAAAACAGGGGAUAUGGAGGAUGGUGUCCCAGGACUGUAAUUGACAGAACAGACUAUCUUCAAGUCGAUGUGGGUGCAAUGCUGUCUGUUUGUGCAGUGGCCACCCAAGGAGAAAAGAUAAACAAUGAAUGGACUACCAACUACAAACUGCAACUAUCCGCAGACGGUGUAACCUGGAACGCUUACGAGGAAACCAGCACUGCAAAGGUUUUCCCAGGAAACUCAGACCGACACAGCGUUGUAAAGCAUUUCCUCACUACUGACAUCAUGGCCAGAUACGUUCGGUUUUAUCCCGUCACUUACCACAAUUUUCCUUGUUUAAGAGUUGAAAUAUAUGUGCGAAAAUGA